AUGGCCGAUAGCCUCAUGGAGGUUUACUGGGAAUACGUCUUCCCGUUAUAUCCGUUUCUCAUCCCCGCUGAGAUGAAAACCGAAUAUAUGAAAAUCUGGACUGGUCAUAGUCUGGAAUAUGACGAAAACAUGCUGAUGUGCACGCUGAAUGUCAUCUUCGCCUUGGCAAGUCAGUUGGCCGAUUUUGUCCCACCAACAGAGCGUGAAGCGUCAGCAGAUGCUUUUUUCUCGCGGGCGAAAGGCCUGUUUCAAUUUAACCUCUGGGAUACUGGAUCGGCAGGUUUGAUUCAAUGUUUACUUCUCAUGGCCCAGUAUCUGCAAAGUACCGAUUCUGCACAUCAGUGUUGGAUUGUCACCGGACUCGCGAUACGUAACGCUCAAAGUUUAGGACUCCAUCUUCCCCAGAACAUUGCCCGCCUUCGAAGCUUUCAAGAGCAACAACUGGCGCGCAAAAUAUGGCACGGUUGCAUUCUAAUGGAUCGGGUAAUAUCUAUGACAUUUGGUCGCCCUGCGAUGAUAUCAAAGGCUUCUAGUGGUGCGGUUCCCCUGCCAGUCGCUGUUGACGAUGAAUAUAUUCCAUCUGGGUGUAGUAAAGAGGGCUCCCAGCCUCCUGAUCGGCCUUCAAUGAUGGCAUUCUACGCUAAGUCAUUAGAACUUUAUGAGAUCAUGAACGAUGUGCUUCUUAGCCUUUACAAACCAAUUUCCGACGACCAUGCGGAAGAUGUCCAUAACUUCUAUUUCGACAAUGUUGCAAGCGAGGGAGAGCGGACUAUCUUUGAGCUCGACCGCUCACUCACUCGAUGGACACGAAGCCUUCUCCCACACCUGCGUUGGGAUUCCUCAACGGUAUCCACAAAUCCUAUAUUUUACCGGCAAAGUAUUGUCUUGCGUGCGAGGUUUCUACACGUGCGGAUGUUGUUGUUUCGUCCCACUCUCUCUAAAUACUGUGCUGUUCGAGAUAAUGCCACAACGGGCCCAUCAAUCUCGACAAACGACUCCUUCCCCCAUCGUGUCGCGCUACAGUGCUCUAUCAUAUGUGUCAAAGCUGCCCAAGAGUCUAUCCAAAUAAUCUACAAUAACGUCCCUGCUGACGGGACCGGUGGGCCCCUGCCGGCUUGGUGGUAUAACAUUCUUUGUUCGUACAGACUUUCCCCAGUGUCUUACUUCGAGGUUCUGACUUAUCCAGACGUUUAUACUUCUGCAACUGUCUUAAUCGCUGGUCGUUUAUGCUCUGCGAUCCUUGCCGAGGUAACAGAAACCUCCAUCGCGCAGUCUUGGGACUAUGCACUGGAAGUUCUUCGAAAGUACCAAAGUUAUAGCACAUCCGCUCGUCGCUGUGUAGCGGCCCUUGAAAUCCUUUAUGAGCAAGUUGCUUUUGAAGGUCUGCUGCCAACCAACCACAUGCCUAGUCAUGAGAUAGGGGCCAACGCAAGUGCAGUGAAUGAUAUGUCCUUUGGCGAAGGAAUGAAUGCGGCUAUCUUGGAUAGCUUUGAGUUUCCUGAUUUUCAAGAUAUGUCAUGGUUGAACAGUGUCCCGAGCAACCUUUUCUAG